AUGUCCGACGCCGUGAUUCCUUUCCACACUCUCGGUGCUGAGGAGAGAGUUCAUACGAAGUACACGGAUCGACUCGACAGACUGCGACGAUCCUUCGCUUCCGGCAAAACGAAAAGCGUGAAAUGGCGUAUUCAACAAUUAAAAGCUAUGAGACGAUUCCUGGAGGAUCAUCGCGGAGCAUUCAAACAGGCCAUGAAGAAGGAUUUGAACAAAAAUCCGAUGGAAGCCGACUUGUUCGAAGUCGAAUUUGUCAUCAACGAAAUCCGUGGCGCUCUACAGGAAAUCCACGAGUGGGUCAAGCCGGAGCCCAUUAGCCGGAACGCGCUCUCAAUGCUCGACACUCUUUACAUGUGGAACGAGCCCUACGGCGUCUGUCUUGUAAUGGGCGCCUGGAACUAUCCCGUGAUGUUGACGCUGAGCCCUGGAGUCGGAGCUCUCGCCGCCGGGAAUGCCGUGGUCUUCAAACCCUCCGACUUGUCUCCCGAGACCGCGGCUCUCUUCGAGAAGAUGUCCGCUUACAUGGACCCCGACGCCACCCUGGUGAUUCCGGGGGGAAUCCCGGAAUCCUCAGAGCUACUGAAAGAGAAAUUCGAUCAUAUUUUCUACACUGGUUCGAUCAAUGGCGGCAAGAUUGUCCACGCCGCGGCUCAGAGAUACCUCACACCGAUCGUGCUGGAGCUCGGCGGGAAGUGUCCGGUUUACAUCGACAGCGAUGUUGAUCUUGAGGUUGCCACCAAGCGGCUUCUCUGGGGCAAGUUCGUGAACGCUGGUCAGACGUGUGUCGGUCCAGACCAUGUUUUCGUUCCAGAAAAGAUCUACGAGGAGUUCAUUGACGUCAGCAAGCGGGUCGUAAAACAGUUCUACGGAGACGAUCCCAAGAAAUCCCCGGAUUUCGGCCGCAUCGUCAGUUCGAGACAUGCGAAACGACUUCAAAAUCUCCUGCAGGGAUCCCAGGCGGUAUUCGGGGGCGACGUCGACGUCGAAACGUGCUACGUCUCGCCGACUCUUUUGCGAGACGUGGCAAUAUCUGAUCCUAUCAUGGCGGAAGAAAUUUUCGGCCCAAUACUACCGGUCAUAAAAGUCAGGGAUCUUUCCGAGGCAAUCGAAAUGAUCAAUGCACGCGACAAACCCCUCACGGCGUAUGUUUUCAGUCGCGACCGAACAGUCAUCGAUGGCUUCAUCGAGCGGACAUCCUCUGGAUCUGUCUGCGCGAACGAUGUUCUGGUCAUGCUAACCAUAGACUCGGUUCCCUUCGGCGGGGUUGGGCCCUCGGGCAUGGGUCGUUACCACGGGAAACAUUCAUUCGAUUGUUUCAGUAACAAAAAGCCUGUUCUUGAGCGGGACUUCAAUCCGGUCGGGGAAUAUCUGGGCAAGUUUCGCUAUCCUCCGCAGAGCUCGCUAGGAAUAGAGAUUUUCCGUCAGCUGAUGUGGAAGAGACCGAAUCCGUUCAAUUUCGUCAUGUCGAGCGCUCCGUAUCUGAUAGGCAGCGUCGCUGGGAUCGGCGCCACCCUCGUCUACCAAAUGACGAUGAGCUGA